AUGCGCAGCGAUAUGUUCACCCCGCUGGCCCUCUCCUUCCUAUCCGUAGCGGCGGCGGCCGCCACGACGACCAUCAACCUCGUCAUCCCCGCGACGCACAUGCUCCCCAACCCGCGAUUCCUCCCGCCCCAGACGCACGCGACGCUCUCCUCCUUCCACUCCGGCGCCUCCGCCUACCUGUCCCCCGCCAACACCUUCGCCUUCCACAACGUCUCCGAGGGCAGCUACCUGCUCGACGUGCACAGCCCCACCCACGCCUUCGCGCCGCUGCGGGUCGACGUCCUCCCCGUGGUGGCCGGCGCCGGCCAGACCGAGAAGGAGGAGAGGACGGCCAGGCUUAAGGUCGCCGCCUGGGAGACGUACCGGGGCAACGACUGGAACAACAAGGGCGAGGCUGCCGCCGUCACGAACGGGGGCGCCCUGGAGGUCAAGGUGCUGGGGCCUAAGAACUUUUUCAUGGAGAGGAGCUCAUUCAAUGUCCUGAGCAUUCUCAAGAACCCCAUGAUCCUGCUGGGUCUCGUCAGCAUGGGUAUCUUCUUUGGCAUGCCAUACCUGGUUGACAACAUGGACCCGGAAAUGAAGAAGGAGUGGGAAGAGAGCCAGAAAAGCAACCCCAUGAACAGCCUCAUGGGCGGCCAGCAAGGGGCACAGAACCCAAUGGGCAACUUUGACAUGGCCGCCUUCCUGGCUGGAUCCUCAAAGGACAACAACGGCGGUGGAGGGUCGCGGAACCAGAAAGGUGCCAAGAAAUAA